GACAGCUGUGUCUGAGCAACAAACUUCCGCUUUGACUGGCCCUAAAAAAACCCAAUCCAUGCCAGAGCUGGCUGAGAAUGAUCUCCCAUGUGAGACCUGCUCUGCUCCAGAGGAAGAACUGAGGGGAGAGACUUUCUGCAGGCAAUGACUUUUCCACCUGCCCUGCCCCACCCUCCAGUCCCAGACCAUGACUUUGAGAACAGCAGAAGCAGCUGGGAAGGAAGUUCAGGAAUAUUUUUUCAAAAAAGCUUGUGGGAAAGGUGGCUUGUUUCAUUAUGUGCGCGUCAGUCAAAUAUAACACUCGGGGUCCAGCCCUCAUCCCAAGAAUGAAGACUAAACACCGCAUUUACUACAUUGCUCUCUUCUCCAUUGUGCUGUUGGGCCUCAUUGCUACAGGCAUGUUCCAGUUCUGGCCACACUCCAUAGAGUCCUCAAAUGAUUGGACAGUUGAAAAGCGCAGCAUUCAUGAUGUGCCUGUAGUCAAGAUUCCAGCAGACAGUGCCAUCCCAGAACGAGGAGAUCUCAGCUGCAGGAUGCAUACAUGUUUUGAUGUCUACCGCUGUGGCUUCAAUCCCAAAAAUAAGAUCAAAGUCUAUAUUUACUCUCUAAAGAAGUAUGUGGAUGAAUACAACAUGCCUGUGAGUCAUACCAUUUCCAGGGAAUACAAUGACCUGUUAACCGCCAUCUCCGACAGUGACUUCUACACAGAUGACAUCAAUCGUGCCUGUCUCUUCGUGCCAUCAAUUGACGUACUCAACCAGAAUAUGCUCCGUAUCAAGGAAACCGCUCAGGCUUUGGCACAGCUCUCCCGUUGGAAUCAUGGGACAAAUCACCUCUUGUUCAACAUGUUGCCUGGAGGACCACCUGACUACAACACAGCACUUGAUGUUCCAAGAGACAGAGCUCUGUUGGCAGGAGGAGGUUUUUCUACGUGGACCUACCGGCAAGGCUAUGAUGUCAGCAUCCCUGUUUAUAGUCCACUGUCUGCAGAGGUGGAACUGCCAAAUAAAGGGCUGGGUCCCCGUAGGUACUUCCUCCUUUCCUCUCAAAUGGCUCUUCAUCCUGAAUACCGUUCUGACUUGGAGGCUCUUCAAGCUGAGAAUGCAGAAUCUGUGCUGAUCCUGGACAAAUGUACCAACCUCUCAGAGGGAAUCCCUUUUAUUCGUAAGCGUUGCCACAAGAAUCAGGUCUUUGAUUAUCCACAGGUGCUUCAGGAAGCUACAUUCUGUGUGAUUCUGCGGGGAGCCCGCUUGGGACAAGCUGUGCUGAGCGAUGUACUUCAGGCUGGCUGCAUUCCUGUUGUCAUAGCUGAUUCCUAUAUUCUACCUUUCUCCGAAGUUCUGGACUGGAAGAGAGCUUCUGUGGUGAUACCUGAAGAAAAGAUAUCUGAAAUGUACAACAUUCUGCAAAGCAUACCUCAGCGACAGAUUGAGGAGAUGCAGAGUCAGGCAAGGUGGUUCUGGGAAGCUUACUUUCAAUCAAUGAAAGCUAUUGCUUUGGCAACCCUCAAGAUUAUCAAUGACAGGAUCUACCCAUAUGCUGCCACAUCAUAUGAAGAAUGGAAUGACCCCCCAGCAAUUAAAUGGAGCAGCGUAAGCAAUCCACUAUUUCUUCCGCUGAUCCCACCUCAGUCGCAAGGCUUCACUGCUAUUGUCCUGACCUACGAUCGGGUUGAGAGCCUCUUUAGAGUCAUCACUGAAGUCUCAAAGGUGCCCAGCCUUUCAAAGUUGUUAGUAGUUUGGAACAACCAGAACAAAGUUCCACCAGAAGAAACUGUUUGGCCGAAAGUUCGAGUGCCACUAAAGGUUGUACGGACCACAGAAAACAAGUUGAGUAACCGCUUCUUCCCCUAUAAUGAGAUUGAAACGGAAGCAGUGUUGGCCAUUGAUGAUGACAUAAUCAUGUUGACAUCAGAUGAGCUGCAGUUUGGUUAUGAGGUAUGGAGAGAGUUCCCUGACCGGCUUGUUGGAUAUCCUGGUCGCCUACAUUUGUGGGACCAUGAAACAAGCAAGUGGAAAUAUGAGUCGGAGUGGACCAAUGAAGUUUCAAUGGUGCUCACAGGAGCAGCGUUUUACCACAAGUAUUUUAACUACUUGUACACAUACAAAAUGCCUGGGGACAUCAAGAACUGGGUGGAUGCUCACAUGAAUUGUGAGGACAUUGCCAUGAAUUUUCUAGUGGCCAAUGUUACUGGAAAAGCGGUCAUUAAGGUGACCCCAAGAAAGAAAUUCAAAUGUCCAGAAUGCACAGCUAUUGAUGGGUUAUCACUAGACCAGACACACAUGGUGGAAAGGUCUGAAUGCAUUAACAAGUUUGCCUCUGUCUUUGGGACCAUGCCUCUGAAAGUGGUGGAACACCGGGCAGAUCCAGUCUUGUACAAAGAUGACUUCCCUGAAAAACUGAAAAGUUUUCCUAACAUUGGAAGCUUGUAAAGAAUAGGCGCAGGGCCAAUUGGAUAUUGGGAUCCAAUACACAAACAGUGACUGGUGCCGAGCAUCAGGCCUCGGAGAAGAGUUCCUGGGCGUAUUACAAAGAGGAUGCAGAGGUGCCUCUCUCGUGGUGUAAUUCAAGCUUUUUCCAUGGACAACAAGAUUCUUAACACAGGGCAAAGAAUCAAACAACAUGCUGCUGCUGCCGCCUUGCUAUGUAGGUCUACGGAAAUGCCAUACAAAUAUUUAUUUGUUCUACAGAUCUUACAUCCUGACAAAGAGUUAAGCACAAACAAUACAGAAUCUUACACACACACACACACACACACACACACAAAUAUUUUUUUCUCUAAGGGCCAUUGGUUGUCACUUAAAUCUAUU